UAUGUAUUAUUAACGAAAUAAGUCGCCUAACAGGUUUUUGUGGUCCUUGAAGUAGUUUGUUUAGGGAUUCACUUCAAGGAGAUGCGACUGAUUUCACAAUGAAUAUUAUAAGGUGUUUUCUUUGUUUUUGGGUCGUAAUGAAUCUCUCGUGUGACGAGGUUGUGGAUGGUUUGAAAGAUAAAACUCUUGAAGGACCCCCGAAUACGAUUCACUCAGAGUCGACAGACGAAGAAGACGACGUUGAAGAUGGUUCUACAAGUGGCACCAAAAAAUUUGAAGAACCAAAUUAUUUUGAUCAGUCGUCACAAGAAACAAAUAUUAAAGAUACUUCCUCGAUCGUCAACGAGGAUCUCCCAGACAUAAGGGGGAAAGAUGUAACUCCAGAACAAGAGAUGUUAAUGGCUGCCACUCAAGACUCUGAUUACCAGCAGGCAAGUGUAGGUGAUGUUAACGGACAAGUUUUUGGUGCACUGACUGGAAGAUCGUUAAGGCGCACUUCGUCGACUGAUGAAAAAGAAAAUGAAGGCACUUCCUCUGAAGAUAAUGACUCUCUAAGUUCGGAUAACUUGAUGGGGUUUAGCAAUUUUUCUGAAAGUCAGGGAGGGGAUUCUGAAGAUCAGCGCCAACAGAUACAUUACCCAGUAUAUCACGAUCCCAGACCAUUUGGCGUCCAUCCCCCCAUGAAAGCUCCCAUGCCUUAUCCUGCCACCAUCCAUGUUAGGUUACCAGGAAGUGUGCACAUGGUACCCAAAGUCUAUCCUGUUCAUGAUUACAGAGGUGUCCCAGUUCCAGUGAGGUAUCAUAAAGUACAAAAUGUAGAUUCUCCUUAUUAUGUGCCGUACAAAGCAGGACCUGAUGUAGAAGAGACUCAUUUAGACGUAUUUCAUCCCGUUAAUCCUUGUAAGAACGAGGGAUUGCUGCUGCACAGUAACGGAGGAAUGGUUUGCUUGUGUACAAGAGAUUACCAAGGCAGAUUCUGCGACGAAAAGUUGUACUGUCCGUCCAAUCCUUGUCUUAAUGGAGGUGUGUGUGACGAGAUUGCAAAUAACUACCGUUGUAGAUGUCCAAAGGGAUACCGUGGGUACAACUGUGAAGUGAAAGAUGAAUGUGCAUUAAAUCCAUGCAAGAAUGAUGGCACUUGUGUGGAAACCUUGAAUGGCAUUAUAUGUAUCUGUAGGUCAGGAUUUACUGGUCAACACUGUGAAUCACCGGAUUUUUGUGUGCCCAACCCCUGUAGGCACUGGGGCACGUGUAUUCAAACUCACACAGGACAUCAUGAAUGUCAAUGUACACCUCACUUCAAGGGACAUCUUUGCGAAACGAGAAGGAUAUGUUACGCAAACCCUUGUAAAAAUGGUGGCAAAUGUAUUGAGGACGGUGGAAGAUAUCCUUGUAUCUGCCCACAUGGCUACAAACCUCCAUUCUGUCGAGAACACGUGUGUUCACAACAUCCUUGCUUGAAUGGUGGCAAGUGUGUUGCUUAUGGUUCUGCCAACGGCUGGCAUUACAAGUGCAAUUGUCCUUUACUUUACAGAGGGGAACAUUGUGAAAUCCCAAAUCCCUGUGUAACUAACCCGUGCUUGCACGCUGGCACCUGUAUCGAUAGUUUCAGCGAGUACUCGGGAUUCCCAGCUGACUGGAAUACAAGACACUUGCAUUACGUUUGCGUGUGUCCUCCAGGAUACUUUGGUCCAAAAUGUGAAGACAACAUUUGCAUCAAGUGUCAUAAAAAUGCAACUUGCAUUUCAAAUCGCUGCGUAUGCAAUGAUGGUUUUUAUGGAGAUGGCUUCUAUUGUCGUC